UUGGCAUCGUUAUUAGGCAGUUAGUUAUUGAAAUUACUAUUUGGGGAGAAUAUCAAUAUCAAUAUUAAUAUCGAUAUCUGAUCUGAAUGAAAAAUGUUAAUGAUUUUGUAAUUGUUAUUGUUAUUGUUGGUGGGGAUGGGCUCAUGUCUUUCAGGGGCUUCUUCAGCUCCUUCAUUUCCUCUUGAUACCAAUCAUUAUUAUGAAAGCUAUCAAUAUUCACGUGUUUCAAAUAUGGAAAUGAGAUUGCACAGAAUUCCAAGCAGAAUAUUCUUGAAUGGUUCCACUCCUGUUGCCUCCUUGUUCUGUAAGCAAGGCAGAAAGGGAAUCAACCAGGAUGCAAUGCUUCUUUGGGAGAAUUUUUGUUUGAUGAAGGACAGCGUACUUUGUGGUGUAUUUGAUGGUCAUGGACCAUUUGGACAUGUGGUCGCCAAGAAAGUCAGAGAUUCUCUCCCUUUAAAGCUAAUGGAUGAAUGGAAUUUAAGUGGUGGUCAUCAUUGUAGCACACUCAAAGAAUCGUUUUUGAAAGCUUCUAAGUCUAUGGACAGAGAACUCAGUUUGCACCAUCGCAAGGAUGCUUAUGCCAGUGGGACUACCGCCGUUACCUUGCUCAAGAAGGGCUACGAACUUGUUAUUGCAAAUGUUGGAGACUCUAGAGCUGUUUUAGGUACUAAAGAUCCUAAUGGUUCUCUUAUUGCUCUUCAAUUGACCACUGACCUUAAGCCAAAUCUUCCAAGGGAAGCAGAGAGGAUAAGGCUUUGCAAAGGAAGGGUGUUUGCCCAUGACAACGAAUCAGGAGUUGCUCGAGUUUGGCUGCCUAACGUUGACUCCCCUGGCCUUGCUAUGGCACGCGCUUUUGGCGAUUUUUGCCUCAAGGAUUUUGGACUCAUAUCUGUUCCUGACAUCUCCUAUCAUCGCCUCUCAGAACAAGAUCAAUUUGUUGUCUUAGCCACAGAUGGUGUUUGGGAUGUUUUGUCCAACAAACAAGUUGUGGACAUAGUAGCAUCUGCUCCACGAUCUUCUGCGGCUAAAGUACUUGUUGAGUCAGCUGUUCAAGCAUGGAGGACCAAGCUACCAACUUCUAACCCUGAUGAUUGCUCUGCAGUUUGCCUCUUCUUUCAUUCACACACCAACACUACCCCUGACACUAAUAUAGUUGGGGGAGAGGAGGGAACAAGGGAAUCACACUGCAAAACUAAACAAAAGCACCAAUAGCAUUUACUACCUGUUAGUCUCUCUUCCCAACCCUCGCUCUUUUUAUUAAGAGGUUUGGAAAAUUAGUUUUUUUUUCUUCCUGUCGAUAUUCUUUUCAUCGUGUCUUUUCUUUCAACAGCAUUUCAAAGGAAAAAAACAAUGGACAAAAAAGGCGACUCGCCUUGUUUUUGCCAUAGGUCAUUUUCCUUCUCUGUAUAUUUGGUAGAUCAUGUUGGACCUUUGUAAAUCCAAGUCUCUUCUUUAGACCUU